AUGACGCCACGAGAGCAUCUUUCAUCUGAAAAUGAUGUUCAAUACCUCAGUGAUGGUUACGAUGCUCUUGUGCAGUCCAAAACGAAUAUGGUAGAAGAUUUAGAAAAUCUAUCCUUGCGAUUGGUUAUAUUGACGUAGAAUGUCACAGGGAUCGACAAAGCCAUCGACGAAAUGCUGUUCUACAGUUACCAAUAUAGUAUAAAAAUUGUCGGUGUCCCACACAUUAGUGAGAAUGAAUUAAUCUUCCGAAGAGACUGUAUAAUUAUGUAUCAAGUUAUUCUUGGUCUUGGGGGCCGAAAUACCAAUCUCUGA